AUGACAUCUUGGUUUAUUAUUUUAAAUAUAAUACUUUUAUUAUCAUCAUCAUUUUUACAAGCUCGUUUUCGAAUAAAUUCAAAACGACGUUAUCCAAUAUCAACAAUACCAUUUAUAUCUUCAUCAUAUUCAUUUAAUGAUGAUAUAAAUACAAAUUUAAAUACGGAUGAUUCUUUGAUAGAAUCAAUAACAUUAUCAUCAAAUAAUAUUGAUAAUCAAGCAAAUGAACAACAAAUUGAACAAUUUAUACGUCUUUUAAUUGAUCGUUUAAAUUUAAAAGAACCACCUAAUGUAACAAUACAAAAUAAUGAUGGUACAGGUAUUCCAUCAUCAAUUGUUAAACAACUUGAAGAACAAGCACAAGAACAAGAAUAUAUUAAACACAAUGAAGAAAUGAAAAUAUAUGAACAAGAACAAAAUUUUAUUAAUAAUCAACCAACAACUGAACGUGCUAUAUUACCUAGUGAAAUAAUACCAUAUCAUACAUGUCAAAGACAAAUAUCAAUAAAAUUACAUAUUAAUGAAGAAUUUUUACAAAAUAUUAAUUGUUAUUAUUUUUCAAAAUCCUUACAUACAUCAACAAGUUUACCAACAAAUCAAAAUGUUAAACAAAUACGUAUUUAUAUAAAAAAAAAUUUUUUUAAUUUUAUUAAUGAAUAUGAAAAUUAUUUAACACCAAAUAUGUUUCAAAUUUAUCAAGUAUUUCGUCCAACAUCAAAUAAUACAUCAUAUCAACCAUUUUCUGGUUUUACUGAUACAUUACGUUUAACAAUAAGUCAAAUAAAAAAAUUAAAUGAUGAUUGGUUAGAAUUAACUAUUGAUUCAAAUAAUACAAAAUUUAAUAUACAACAAAUAUAUAAACAAUUUUUAAUGCCAUGGUAUGGUCUUGCAAUUAAUCAUGAAUUUCAAUCAUCAUGGAAAACUUAUCAUCGUCGUUAUUAUUCAAGAAAACGUUUUGAACAAUUUUUAAAAUCAAAUCAUAAUGAAAAUAAUAAUAAAGAUGUUCAACAACAAUUACCAUAUAUGUUAGUUGAAUAUGAUAAUAGAAUAAUUUCAUCAUCAUCAUCUGGACAUCGUGGUACACGUGAAAUAAAUCAUCCACGUCCUGCACGAUCUUGUGAUCCAAAAAGUCCAUGUUGUCGACGUCCACUUAUAAUUGAUUUUGAUCAAGGUAGUGAUGCAUUAAAUUUUGUUAUGCAUCCAAGACAAAUUGAUAUUGGUGAAUGUGUUGGUUUAUGUGGUACAAGUGGUACAUCACUUAAAUUUACUGAAGUUAAAAAUGCCCAACAAAAAAAUCAUCCAAAUGCAGCACAUAAUCUUGCUUUACUUCAUCGUUAUAAUUUAAAUUCUAAUAAAAGUAUAACAAAAACAAAAACUAAUCAAGCUGAUCAACAAUCAAUACAUUGUUGUUCAUUUUCACGUACAGGUGGUCUUGAACUUAUGUAUACAAUUACAAAUGGUGGACCUGUUUUACUUCCACCAUCAAUUCAAGCUCAAUCAACACUUAUUCAUAGUAGUAUUGGAAAAUCUAUACAAUUACGUUGUUCAGCUAUUGUACCAUUUGAUACAAAAAUUUAUUGGCAUAGAAUUGAUAAUAAAACAAUAUCGAAAUUUCGACAACAACAACAUACAAAUGGUAAUAUUAUACAAACAAAUUUAUAUAUAAAAGAUAUUGAAAAAUUAGACUUUGGAUUAUAUGGUUGUUUUGCUGAAUCAAUGGCUGGUCAAAGUCAUGCUAUUAUUGAAUUACGAGAACAUCGUCGUUUAACAAACACAAAAAUCAUAGAAAACAAUGAACUAACAACACCACGUAUGCAAAUACUUAAACGAAAUAAAAGUAAUAAAAAAAAAAAAAAAAAUGAUCAAAUUACAAAGUAA